AUGUCUGUCCAUCGUGGCGUUCUGGAUCUGCUCCGGUUCUACAGCCCCUGUCACAUCCUGGCUGUGAUCGGAGCUGGACUGGGGGCAAUAGUGCUGAUCUGGAUAACGAACCUGUUGGUGCGCCAUGCCUGGUACUCACACAGACUGUCCUGCUUCAGCAAGCCGCCCACACACUCAUGGCUGCUCGGGCACCUGGGCCAGAUGCAGAGCGCGGAGGAGGGUCUGCUGCAGGUGGAGGAGUUGGUGAGGACGUACAAACACUCCUGUAGCUGGUUCUUUGGGCCCUUCUAUCACCUGGUCAGGAUAUUCCACCCAGACUUUGCCAAAACUCUUCUCAUGGCACCAGGCAGUAUCACGGUCAAAGAUGAACUUGUCUAUGGCCACUUGCGUCCAUGGCUCGGAGAGAGUCUGUUGAUCAGCAGCGGCGACAAAUGGUCUCGUAAAAGGAGUCUGCUCACCCCUGCUUUUCAUUUCAACAUUCUGAAAAACUACACGGUCACGUUUAAUACCGCCACCAACAUCAUGCAUGAAAAGUGGCAGCGCGAGAUCCUGAGUGGCAAAAACAAUAUAGAGCUGUUUGGUGAUGUCACACUGAUGACUUUGGAUAGUUUACUCAAAUGUGCUUUUAGCUACAACAGCGACUGCCAGGAGUCCCACUGUGAGUAUGUGUCAGCUAUUGUUGAGUUGAGCGAUUUGAUUAUGGAUCGAAGGCUGAAAAUGCUGCACCACUGGGACUGGUUUUACUGGAAGACGCAGCAAGGACAGCGGUUCAAAAGAGCGCUGGGCGUCGUUCAUGAGUACACUAGGGACGUGGUUCAGAAGCGGCGUGACCUGAUCCGUCAGCAGGUAAAGAGUGGGGUCUCCAUGGCAACACAGAGGCGGAAAGACUUUGUGGAUCUCAUAUUGUCUGCACAGGAUGAAGAUGGGCGAGGCUUAUCAGAUGAGGAGAUUCUAGCUGAGGCCAAUACAUUCAUGUUUGCAGGCCAUGACACAACAGCCAGUGCAAUAUGCUGGACACUGUAUAAUUUAGCGCGCCACAGUCAUUACCAAGAGCAAUGCAGAGAGGAAGUGGUGGAGUUGCUACGAGAACGAGACGGACAAGAAAUUAAGUGGGGGGAUUUGUCGAGCCUUCCUUUCACGACAAUGUGCAUCAAAGAGAGUCUGCGGCUCCACUCUCCAGUUCAAGCUGUUACCAGAAAAUACACCCAAGACAUGACACUGCCAGGAAACCGGAUUGUCCCUAAAGGGGUUAUAUGCUUGGUCAGUAUCUAUGGCACACAUCACAACCCCAUUGUCUGGUCAAAUCCUCAGGAGUUUGAUCCCAUGCGUUUUGACCCGAACAACCGAGCAGCACGAUCGUCAUCUGAUUUCAUUCCCUUUUCUGCAGGCCCACGAAACUGCAUCGGACAGAAAUUUGCCCUGGCAGAGCUGAGAGUGGUUAUCGCUCUGACCCUGCUCCGAUUUCGCCUCAGUCCCGGCGUGAACCCAGAGGCAGUGACCACGAGGGUGCGGAGACUUCCCCAACUGGUGCUGAGGGCUGAAGGGGGGCUGUGGCUGCAGGUCCACCCCCUCCAACCAAAGUAA